AUGGAUACCCAGAGCUUCCUGCUGCGGGUGGAAUAUGCGCUGCUCUCCCUCGAGCCCGGGACGCUGGUGCCCAAAGUGCCCGACCUGACGGAGGAUGUGAAGGCGGACUUCGAGGCGCUCCGGCGCCUGGCGGAGCCGGCACGGGCCGGCUGCUUGCAGGAGCUUCUGGCAGAUUCCUGGCUCCAGCCGUUGGCGCAGCCGCUGGAACGAGCACAGGUGGAGGCGUCUUUGGCAGCCGGCGGGCUGGAGAAGCUUCAGGAGGACCUGCUCGCCGCAUGCUGCGCCUUCGCCAGCAGCCCAGCCCGGGCCCUGGCAGUGCAGAUGCUGGGGGUGGCCUUCCUGCAGCACUUCCUGCGCGCCAACUGCACGGGGCCGGCGCAGCAGGAGGACGACCCGGUGCUGCCCUUCCACCCGUCUGCCCUGGCGGAGGCGAGCACUUGGGGCCCGCAGAUCCUUGCGGCGCUGGAGGUGGACGGAGAACCACCAUACGAACUUCUGGCAUGUCCCGGCUACUUGUGGCUGUCAGCCUUGCUCCUCCAGCUGCUGCCGGAGGCCUCGCCCCUGGCCUGCGACCCCCGCGCCUCGCUCAGCGUGUGGCGCGGCCGCUGCGCCUUCGCCUGGCAGCUGAGCCUCGCGGAGGCCUCGGAGCGGGGCAGCGGCCAGUGCCCCGCGCUGUUCCGCGCCGCGGUGGUGGACCUCGUGGGCGAGCCGGGGGCUUCCACGUCGCCUUUGGCGCAGCAGGGCUUCCUGGACCGCGAGGCAUUGGUUUCCAUCCAGACGGCUGCCGCGCCUUUGCUCAGGACAUGGAAUCGCACUAGCCCUGGCAUCCCGCCGGUGAUCGUAGAGGAGGAGGAGGAGAAGGCUGAGGGCAGCGAUGCUUUGGAGGCCAUGCUGGGCCUCUUCGAUGGUUCCAGCGCCUCGCCGCCAAGCACGCUGAAGGACGCCCCGGACGACAUCCGCGCGUGUCUGCUGGUGGAGCUGGCGAACCGGCUGUGCUGGUAUGGCCGCCUCAAGGUCUGGCAGCAGGCCUCGGACGCGGCCUGCCGCGCGGCCGACUUCGACUACGAGCUGACGGGGGUGCUGGGCAUCAAGCGAGAGCACCAGACCCAGGAGUUUGCGCAGCUGGUGGUGAAGGCCAAAGGCAAAGAGAACGCCAAGGGCAUCGAAAUCGAGGAGUCGGAUACCAAAGCCCCGGGCACUUUGAGCCUCAAGGCCGUGGAUGACAUGACCGACGUUCUGGAGACCCCGAAGCUCUCGCAGUCCGUGUCUGAUAAGGAACGCCAGGAGAUUGAGCGGCCGCUGAAGGCAGCGGAGCAGCUGAUUCUGCUGACGCGGUGUCACUACAUCUGGGCGUCCAGCAAUCCCAACGAUGAGAUGGUGCUGCAGGAGAUCAAUGCUUUGGCGCAAAGGAUUCUCAAGAAGCAGGACCUGCCAGUGGAGGAGGAGGCCGCAGAGGGCCCCCUCUUCACUGCCAAUUGGCUCACCUUCAGCUGCGGCCUUUGGUUCCGCUGCAGGGCAGAACACCAUCGCAACAAGACCCGGGAGCGCGCCGCCUUUCAGCUCCAAUCUCUGGUGGACCAGUUUUCGGAUGUCAAGCCCUCGGCGGCGCAUCGUCUGCGCAUGGCACACAGCUGCGGCUACCCAGCGCGGUUCCAUUUGCAGCACGAGAUGGCCAGCCGCAUGAUGCGGAUGGGCAUGGUGAGCACCGCCCAUGAGCAGUUCAAGGCCUUGCGGAUGUGGCCGGAGGCUGUUGAGUGCCUCAUCGUGGCCGAGCGGAAGGUAGAGGCGGAAGACUUGGUCAAGGAUCUCAUCGAGAAGAAUCCCUCUCCGCGGCUUUGGUGCUGCCUGGGCGACAUUCUCAAGGAUCCCAAGCACUAUGAGACAGCCUGGGAUCUUUCGAAGAAGCGCUUCGCGCGGGCACAGCGGUCCUUGGGCAGGUACCACUUCGAGAAGAAGCAGCUGGCCAAGGCAGUCGAGUCCUUCAAGCUGGCGUUGGACAUCAACCCCAUGUUCGAGGGCAUUUGGUUCACCCUAGGCGUGGGCCUCAUGCAGCUGGAGCGCAUGGAAGAGGCCAUGGUGGCCUUCUCGCGGGUGAUUUCCAUCAACGACGAGGACGGUCAGGCUUGGGCAAAUCUGGCAGCCGUUCAUUUGCACCAGGAGAGGGUCAAAGAAGCCCGAACCUGCAUGAUGGAGGCCACCAAGAGGUGCCGCCAGAACUGGCGCAUGUGGGAAAGCUUCCAGGGAAUUUGCAUCAAGCUUCGGGACAUCAGCGGCGUCAUCCAGUCAUUGCGUCGGCUGGUUGAGCUGGAGCAGAUGGGCCGAGUCAAGCGGCAGAUCCUGGGGAUGGUCACCCAGGCGGUGGUCACUGACAUGCCGGACCUCUUUGAAGGGCGAAGUGGCAGGACCUGCAUGCGGCAGCUCUUGGACUUCUACAAGUUCGCCACGGACCACACUGCUUCGCGGCCGGACUUCUGGGGCUUUUACGCCCACCUGCAGGAGGCCGCCGGCGACGACAAGGCAGCCCUUGAGAGCCGCCUCCGUCAGGGCCGGGCCUUGCAGGCGCGUCUAUGGGACGAGAACGACCCUGAGACGUUCAGCGAAUAUUUGCAGGAGCUUCUGGAGUGCUUCGAUCUGGUGGAUCAGACCAUGGACGACCCGCGCACCAAGGACAUCGCCAAGGCGGAGUCGCCUGCCUUCAGCUCCACAGUGGCGGAGGCGGCCAAGAAGCUGCGAGACAAGCUGGAGCUCACCGUGCAGGAGCCCCAGUGGAAGCCGGCCGUGGGCAAGCUGGCGGCUUUGGCUCAGAAGGCGGAGCGCCGCUGCGCCUCGCCCGCAGCUUCGAGGUUUCAGCUGGGCGCCAGGGGGUUGAUGAGCACCAACUCCCUGGUGCUCAGCGAAGCCGGUGAUGAGGCCCGGCUCCGGCUGGACGGGCCGGCAGGACGGGGAGCGCAGUGCUCUGCCUUCGCGCUCGCAGGCGUCGAAGGGGGAUCUCGCGGCCGGCCCUUCUUCAUGGGGGACCCCAUCAAGGUCUGCGUGCGAGUGCGGCCGCUGAGCGCUUCGGCGACUGAGGACAAUGAGAUCGUGUGUGUGCGGGUGCCGCCGGCAGAUUCGCCGGACAAGAUCCCCAACACGGUGAUGUUAAUGCACAACCGGAGCCAUGCCAAGACCUACAACUUUGACAGGGUCUAUUGGUCGGUCAAGCCGACUGACAGCCACUAUGUCUCGCAGGAGAGGCUCAUGGAGGAUUUGGGUGGGGAGCUGCGGGACAAUGUGAUUGGUGGGUACCACAGCUGCCUUUUUGCCUACGGCCAGACAGGCAGUGGCAAGACCUACACAGUGCUGGGAAACGACUCCUCACCGGAGCAGAGAGGCUUGCUGCCUCGCAUCGUGCAGGAGAUCUUCGAAAACAUCGCGGAGCUGAAAUCGCCCUCCAACGAGGUCACGGUGACCAUCUCCUACCUGGAGAUCUACAACGAGCAGAUCCGGGAUUUGCUGGUCACCAGUGAAGACACGCGCUGGAAGCUUGAGGUCCGAGCCAAUCCGAAGUAUGGCAACUUCGUGUUUGGCCUCAAGGAGGUUCCAGUUAUGGACUGGCCCAACAUGAAGGCCUGGCUGGACUUCGGCGUCAAGGCCCGAGCGGUGGCCAGCACCUCGAUGAACGCCACCUCCAGCCGAUCCCACUGCAUCUUCACCAUGGAGCUGAUCCAAAAGCAGUGGAGCGGCGGCACCUGCAACCAGCUCCGAUCCAAGCUGAGCGUCGUGGACCUCGCUGGCUCUGAGCGGCAGAAGAAGACCCAGGCCACCGGCUCGCGCCUCAAGGAAGGUGCCAUGAUCAACCAGAGCUUGCACAACCUGUCGUUGGUCAUUAGCCGAUUGGCCGAGCCGAUGAAGGCCAAGGAGCAGAAGCGGAACCCUGACUUCAUCCCCUUCAGGCAGUCCAAGCUGACCUUUCUGAUGUUGGAAGAUUGCCUUCGGGGCAACUCCAAGACAGUCUUGAUCGCGGCGCUGUCCCCUGCCGGCUUCAACUUUGACGAGACCAUGAGCACCUUACAGUUCGCUCAGAACGCGAAGGCGGUGAAGACCAACGCGAAGAAGAACGAGAACUUGGAGGAGACCCUGAUGAAAGAGCUGGAGGCGGAAUGCGCGCGGCUGCGGAAGCUGGUGAGCACAGAUGCAGGCCAAGGCCAGCAGCAGGAGCUGGAGGCGCUGGAGGCGAUGCAGAGGAAGUAUGGCCGCAACCUCCAGGAGCAACUGAUGAAACUGGCGGAGGACCUUCAGAAGCAGCGUGAGAUGCUCCUGGGCAACGCUGGUCUCACAUCGCUGGAGAUGACCAAAAGUAUGGGCUUGGAGGGCGGCACUCCGCAUCUGCUGAACGUGUGCUACGAUCCUGAGCUGAACGGUUGCCUCAUCUACUUCUUGCUGAGGGGCGUGCGAUACACGUUGGGCCCCGAUGCAAGCGCCUCAAUAUCCCUCAGGGGUCUGGGCAUGCUUCCGAAGAUGCUGGAGAUUCGGAACAUUGACAACUGUCAAGUGACUCUCAGCUACAUCGCAGGGCGAGUUCUGCUCAACGGCUGCCAAGUGCGUUCUGAGGCCAACCUCUACCACAACGACCGUAUCAUGGCAGGGCAAGCGUUCUGCUUUCGCCUUGUGGUGCCGGGCAAGGGCAUGAAGCGGGAGCUGGAGUUGGAGACAGCCCUGGAUGAAGUGGAGAUGCAGGACGAUCUGAACUACCAGCAAUGCCUGCUUCUGACCCAGAACCUGCAGAACCGCAUCGGCGAGGCAAGAUCUCAUCAGUUUCGACUGGGCUUCCAGAAGGUCUGCAGGUUGGUGAGCGAGGCCAACGCGCUGGCGGAAGACUUGUGCCCGCGGGAGCGCCUCUUGUUCAGCGCGGAGAUCCUGUCGGUGCCCGGAGACAACCAGGAGGCCAGCGAGGUCACGCUGGAGAGCGUGGUGCGGCUGCGGCGCCUGGACACGGGGAAGGCCCGGUGGCGCAGCUUCGUGCGGGACAAGGUGCUGAAGCCACGGAAGAAGCCUCUGUCCUUGCUGGACCACUUUGUCAAGGUGAGCAUGCCAGUGCGCUCUGGCCAGACUUCUUUGCUGAUGAAUUUGGAGGAGUUCUCCCAACGACUGCAGCAUUUCCGCGAUGUCUUCAAGUGGCGCUCUGACGGCCAUGCGCUGGAGGAUCUGCGGCCAGCAGAGAGGGACUGCUGGGACUACACCCCUCCCUGGAUUCACAGGGAGAUGGAGCAGGAGCAGUUGGAAAGGGGGACUCCGGCCCAGUCCGCGCAGGGCUCCAGGGAGCUCAUGCUGGAGGAGGAGCUUGCGAGCCUCCGGCGGCUACUGGAAGCCAAGGACAAUCGCAUCGAGGCUCUCGAGCUCGCCAUGGCCAAGGACAAAGCAGGCCAACGAGAGAGGAGACCGAGCACCAGCCUGGGCCGUGAGGCGCCAGGCGUCCGGAAGGACGCCCAUGGCCAGGUCAUGAGCCGAGUGCGGGAGCUCAUCGACAGCGGGCGGCAGCGGCAGGCGGCUGAGCAGCAGCUGCUGGAGAGGCACUUGCAGGACCUGGCAACGGGCUCCUCCUCCUCUCUCGAGAAGCUCCGCGCACUGCGUUCGGAGGUUCGCUCCGAGGUCCAUUUCAAAAACACGGCCACAGAUGAGGCAGAGCGCCUCGCGGCCCAGCUGCAAAGCUGCGAGGAGAAGUUGGAGGAGAAGCUGCGGCAUGGGUCGUGCAGCGGAGAGUACGACGUGGAGCAGCAUUUGCUGGACAGCGAGGCGGACGCGGCCACGCAGUUGAUGCUUGCCGCUGCCCAGCUCUCCGGAAAAUCGAAAGAGCGCUGGGAGCUGCCGCGGAGAGCCAUGCCUACGCAGUGCCGCAAGCGCGUCUUCCGAGCAGUUGCGCUAUUGGUGGUUCUGCCCCACCUCGUCACCAGGGCCUUCGCCCCUUGGCGGCUGCAUGGGUCGCGCCAGCCACGCAGCUGGCGCGUGGCACGUUACCAGGCCGCCCAGGAUGACAAGGGCGAGUGGCUGAGCCCAGCCGAGCAGCGGCGCAUCCAUCGAGCAGUGGAGGCAAAGGCCCUGGAGGCGCUGGCGGUGGGCAACCUGCCACCGGGACGGGAGCUGGAGCUGAUCUCUGCGUUGGACCUGCAGACGGUGCCCUGGGCUCAGCUGCCCAUCCGCCUCAAGGAGGCAUUGGGUUUGCCCCUCAAGGACCGCGGCAUCGACUCCUUGGCGCUGAAUCUGUCGGUGGCGGUGCAGGCAAAGGAUUACUCGGCGAACAGCGGCGCAGUUCCGUUGAACCGCCUCACCAACUUCUACUUCCUGGCCAAGGCGGAGGGCUCCCCGCUGCGGCCACAUGUGCAGCACUUGGUGGUGGCCACCAACGAAAGCACCCAGCUGCCGAAGCGCUGGCAGUGGACGGGCGCCGCGCACCGCCGCUACAGCGCCGCGGAGAUCGAAGCCUUUCGCGGCGGGGCUGGGCGGAAGCUGGGUGCUGACACGGCACGGUGGCCGCACCAGCUUCAAUGCCUGCGAAGAUGCUUGGAUUUUAUGCGCAACGCGUCGCAGCGGGAUUUCUUUGUUCAGAUGGCAACUGGCACCGGAAAGAGCUUGGUGAUGGCCGACCUCUUGGCAGAGCUGGGGCAGGAGCAACGUGCAUGCGUCAUCGUCCCAAAGCUGGACUUGAUGGAGCAGAUGGCACGGUUGCUGGAAGAGACACUUCACCGGCGCAAAGUGUGCCGCGUUGGUACGGGGUAUGAAGCUGACCUCACUGCGGAUGUAUUUGUUUGUGUGCGGAACUCAGCCUGGAGGUUGCAGAACCUCACUCUUGACCUGUUAUUGCUCGAUGAGGCGCAUCACUAUGAGCCAGCGGCACUCUCUGAAGAACCUCAGCCUUCUGACUCACAGCUAGCGGCCAAUGACGUAGCGGGAGUGCAUGCAACGCAGGUUUUGAAACUGAACGCCAGAAAGCGGAUCUUUUUUUCUGCAACUUUGAUCCGCAACCUCCCGGACUUCGAUUUCGGCCUGCGCCCAGCCAUUGAGGCGGGCGUGAUCCAAGAUUACACGGUCAUGGUGCCUGUGGUGUCGGAAGGCGACCCGCGACCCAGCUUGGUGGAACUGCUGCGGAACCUGCCCUUCGCACGGAAGGCCUUGGCCUUUUGCAACACCGUGCAAGAGGCGAAGCACUUCACUCGGCUGCUCAGCGACGCAGGCAUCGCAGCGGACCACUACAACAGCCACACUACCCAUGCGCGGCGGCAGGAUGUCCUCAACAGCUUCACGGAAGGUGAGGCGAGGGGUGGCAUUCGGGUGCUGGUGACGGUUGACGUCCUCAGUGAGGGGGUCGACUUGCCGGUGGCGGACACCUGUCUUUUUGUUGCUCCCAGGCAUGGCGUGCGCUUGAGGCAGUGUGUGGGCAGGGUACUUCGGAAGCACUCGUCCAAGGUGGACGCGUUGGUGCUCGCGCCUCCCAUUGUGCGGAGAGAAAACAACAUCCGGAUGGCCAAGCCGGACACAGAGCUGACGCGCUUAAUCAGUGAGCUUGCCGCUGCAGACGCUUCGUUCCAUGCCUCGCUGCAUACGGCUGACACGCAGGAGAGCUGCCGCGUUGGCGUUGUGGCGGCUAGGGUUUCAAGUGGCGACCAGGAGCUAGCGGAGGAGGCCGCUAAGGUAUUGAGGUUGCACGUGUUUCCGCGCGCUUGCAGAGGCUAUCUUGGGGAAGAUCAUUUUGAGACUGGGUAUCAAGAGCUACUGGCCUUUCUUGGACAAGAUGGGCACGUGACCAUGCCACGACACAUUGUCACUGCCAACAAUUUUCGUUUGGGUCAAUGGGUUUGGCGCCAGCGCCAGCAGAGAAGAGCUGGCAAGCUAAGCCAAGGACAGAUUCAGCGUCUUGACUCUCUUGCAUUCGUAUGGCACUUGCCAGAACACAAAUGGCAGCUUGGGUUUGAAGAGCUCGUGGCCUACACUCGAGAGCAUGGCAAUACUCAGGUCCCAGCAGGCUACAAGACCGCUGGUGGCUUUGGGCUUCGCAGAUGGGUGAACGUGCAGCGCUGGGCCAAAUCUGCUGGAAAGCUGAGCGAAGAACGGGCUCAGCGUUUAAACUCUCUGGACUUUGUGUGGGGGAAGAGCACCGUGUCAUUAACGCAGAGGUGGGAGCGUGGGUUUGAAGAGCUCGUGGCCUACACUCAAGAGCAUGGCCAUGCUCAGGUCCCAGCAGGCUACAAGACCGCUGGUGGCUUUGGUCUUGGCAGAUGGGUGAGCACGCAGCGCCGAGCCAAGCCUGCUGGAAAGCUAAGCGAAGAACGGGCUCAGCGUUUAAAUUCUCUGGACUUUGUGUGGGGGAAAAGGACCAUGUCAUUCGAGCAGAGGUGGGAGCGUGGGUUUGAAGAGCUCGUGGCCUACACUCGAGAGCAUGGCAAUACUCAGGUCCCAGCAGGCUACAAGACCGCUGGUGGCUUUGGGCUUCGCAGAUGGGUGAACGUGCAGCGCUGGGCCAAAUCUGCUGGAAAGCUGAGCGAAGAACGGGCUCAGCGUUUAAAUUCUCUGGACUUUGUGUGGGGGAAGAGGACCAUGUCAUUCGAGCAGAGGUGGGAGCUUGGGUUUGAAGAGCUCGUGGCCUACACUCAAGAGCAUGGCAAUGCUCAGGUCCCAGCAGGCUACAAGACCGCUUGUGGCUUUUGUCUUGGCAUCUGGGUGAGGGACUUUGUGUGGGGGAAGAGCACCGUGUCAUCAAAGCAGAGGUGGGAGCGUGGGUUUGAAGAGCUCGUGGCCUACACUCGAGAGCAUGGCAAUACUCAGGUCCCAGCAGGCUACAAGACCGCUGGUGGCUUUGGGCUUCGCAGAUGGGUGAACGUGCAGCGCUGGGCCAAAUCUGCUGGAAAGCUGAGCGAAGAACGGACUCAGCGUUUAAAUUCUCUUGGGCAAGGGGAGCAUGUCAUUAGAGCAGAGGUGGAGGCAUGGAUUUGAAGAGCUCGUGGCCUACAAUCAAGAGCAUGGAAACGUUCAGGUGUCAGAAUGCUACCAGACUGCUGAGUUGGCAUUUAGGUAUGCGCACAUCGCAUCGCCGAGUCUGGUGGACAGCUGAGCGGAGAGCGGACUCAGCAUUUGAAGUCGCUGUUUGAAUUCGCGCCGCUUUGUAUGAUCAUGGCGUUGAAGAGCUUGUGGCAGACAACCAGAAAACUAUACCAGGAAUAGCAGACUCAGCUUUUGCGGCCCAGAAUUGAAAGCAUUGCAACACUGUCGCGGGGCCAUCAUAUUGUCCACAAAG